CAAUAAAGAAAAUUAUGUCUGAUAAAAAAAGAGAACAUAAAUCGAAUGUAGAAAAUGGAGAAAAAUCAAAUUCUUUAAUUCGAAAAUCACCACCACCGUCAUACAAACAAAGUACUACCAAAACUGUUUAUAUUCAACCAGUUGCCCUUGGAUCAAAAUCACAAAGUGUAAUUUGCCCAGCAUGUCGUGAAACUAUUGUUACAAUUAUAGAAUAUGAAACUUCAUCAAAAACUCAUUAUGCAGCUAUAGCUCUAUGUUGUUUUUUUUGGCCCAUAGCAUAUUUACCAUAUUGUAUAGAUUCCUGUAAAAAUGCAAAUCAUUAUUGUCCAAAUUGUGAAUCAUAUAUUGGAACAUAUGCAAAUUAAUUAAAUGUUUUAUGAAUAUUAUGUGCUAAUAGGUAUCUAUGUUUUAAAUAUAUUUUAUUUUCAUGCUAUUUUAUACGAGUAAAUUGGAGACGAUACCUUAAAAAUUAAGUUGAAUUUAAUAUUAUAUUUUCAAAUAUACGUUUUCAAUUAUGAAAAUAUAAUAUUGUAAAUUUUUUAAUAUAUUAUACAUUUUAUUACUAUCUACUUAAAAA